GCACAGGGGGCGGAGCCUCAACCGGGCCCCGCCCAGGAGGCGGCUCAGCCCAGGCCCCGCCCCCAGCGCGAGACGCCGGCCGGCUCCUCCCUCGGUUCUCGUCGUCGCCUGUCUCCUUCCCUCCGGGCCUAUCGUUCUAGAAUUCGCCGCGCAGCUGCCUCAGCCAAGAAGGAAACUUGGUCCAGCCAUCCAGCCCAGUCCAGUCAUGCAGGUACAGGAAGAUGGAGACAACUUCAUUCCCUUUGCCAAGCGUUCCAGGGUGGUCAGCCGAUCUCCACCCCCCAGCUUGCCUUCCCAGAACCUCAGAAUGACACCUCAGCGUUACGGAGACAUCUUCUGGGAGAAGCUUAGUCAAAGGACCAGCCCCAUCUGGAUGGAGGAACAGUACAUUCCACCCAUGCUGAGAGCCACUGGUCGCUCCCAGGCUGGCCUGUGUGCUCCUGGGGGGCUCCCACCCCCAGAGAUGCUUUGCAGAAGAAAGAGAAGGAAGCCACGUUUGGCAGGGGUGCAGCAGGGACCUGUGGGCAUCCCAGCCCGGGUAAGAGCUGUCACUUAUCACCUGGAGGAUCUAAGGAGGCGCCAAAGAAUCAUUGAUGAACUGAAGAAGGCCCAGUGGGGCAGCUCUGGGGCAACCUCUGAGCCCCUGGUGCUUGGUGGAGAGGGCCCAAGAUUUUCCCACACCACUGGAUACCCUGAUCUGGAAGAGGAGCAGCCCACAGACCAUUUCCUCACUCCUGGCAGGGCCCAGCUGCUUUGGUCUCCCUGGAGUCCUCUGGGCCAGGAGGAGUCUUGCCUCUCCCGGGGCCCUAGCUUCCUAGCCUCCUACAGCACUGUCACAGCCAGUAGGAGGCCCCUGUAUGGUCCCUGGCGGAUGGAAUUUGAGUCUGAGGAGUAAAAACAUCCACGCCCAAAGGUGACACUGCGGCCUCCUGGACAGCGGACUAGUUCCCCCAUUUCUGGCAUCCGGGCCUUUUCCAGCUUCUUUUGCCAUCCUUGGAGCUAGGCAUUAAGGUGCCCCCGGCCUCCCGUUUCAACCCGCCCGCCUUACAGGAGCCCAGGGCUCCCUCCAGGCCCCGCUCCUGGCGCCGUGCGCUCUUUUCUCCCUUCUGUUAUUAAAGCAAGCAGCUUCAGCACCGAUGUGUCUUUCUCUCUGGGAAGGAGGGACGGAAGGCUAACGGGGAAGGGCUCCUUUCCCCUCCCCGGGGACCCAGCUAAAGCGAAGCCGGGCUGGGUCCCCGAAAUUCAAGAAGAAAAGCGGGAGUCACUCUAACGUUCC